UAGGCUGUGAGAACGGUAGGCCUGCAGCGGUUUGUUUUGAUACGGACACGAGAGACGAUCCGACGAGCAAGAUUUAAGUUCAACCAUUAGAGGGCAGCAAACUUUUGAAGCCGAUAUGGCGUACAGAAAUCCUCAAGCACCAAGUCCUGGGAGAAUGAAUAUGUUACCAGGCCAACAGCAAAUACCCAUGGGACAACAGUAUAUGCAGCAAGGUGUUGUGGGAGGUAUGCCUCGUCAGCAGUAUCCCAUCAUGCAACAAGGAAUGAUGUCACAGCAAAUGUACCAUCAAGCAAUGUAUCAUAGACAAAUGAACCCGCAGGAUUUUCAAGCAAUGCGAGCUGCUGGUCAACCACAGGCCUACAACAUGUCCAUGCAGGGCUACAUGAUGCAACGGGGACAAUUCCCAGGGUCUAUGCCACAGCAACAGCCUGUUGAGAUGACAGACGAGAUGAAGAAGAAGAUGGAAAAAGACAAAAAGGAACGACAAUUCCAAGAACAACAAAGACGGCUGAAGAGCAUGAAUAAACCGGGUGUGCAAGCCGGUGUGAACCCACUGGACGACUUGAUUGGUAGACAACUGGGUAGCAAAUCUUCAACCCCCUCAGCACCAGGAGGGGAUGUAACAGGUAUGAUGCAAAUAGGUGGAUACAUGCAGAGUCAGCAGUUGCCUCAAGGAAACAUGAUGUCUGGUGGGAUGGUGCUAACUCAGGCUGGGAUGUACCAGAGCCAGCCUGGCAUGAUGAUGCAGGCCCAAGGUAUGAACAUCCAACAAGGUAUAAUGACUUCUCAAAUGCAAGUCUUUCAGGGAGCCUCAAUUCCUGGGGCAGCAACUCAGCUUCCAGGGACUGCUAAGCUUGGCUUAGGAGCCCAACAACAAGGAAUGGUGAUGUCCCAGCCUAGCAUGGUUUCAUCUCCGGCACAGAAUAUCCUGGCAUCAUCGAACACUCAGCAACAAUCUGCUAAUCAGAAGAAUGAUGACUUUGGAGAAUUUCUCCAAGGACCAACUGCAGUUUCGCAAGUUUCCAGCCAUGGCCAGAUGCAAACCACAUUUUCCACACAAGUGCAUACAGUAACCAGUCAACAACCACCUUUACAAACUAGUCAAUCGCAGGAUGAAUUUGGCAGCUUCCUCCAAGCUCCAAAGCUAAUGCCCUCGAAUCCAUCAUUACAAGAAGAUGAUGAAUUUGGUAACUUUGCUCAGGGACCACCAGCGGCAGUGCCACAGCUGAAUCCUACAGAAAUUGCUCCGGCUCUGGAUACAAGCUUUGGUGAGUUUGAGAAAGCACCUAUUAUGUUACAACAAACUGAAGCCAAGUCAAAUACAAUAGAAGGAAGGACAUCACCACCAUCUGCAACAGAACAAACUGAAACAGCUACCACCACCAAAGCAGAGAAAAAACAAACAGGUUUAUCAUUAGAAGACAUGAUGAUGCAGUCAGCAGACUUGACCGCCCCAAAAACCACUCGUAAACUUUUCAACCAAAAAAAAUCACUGAAUGAGGUUAAGACAACAUCAACACCAAAGACACAAACAGUAUUUACUAAUGAUAUUAAAGCAAGAGAUUGGUCUCAGACGAAAAGCCUAACUGGUCUAUUUAUCACCCCUGCUGAAGAAAAUGCAGCAACCCAAUUAGAAGAAGCUGUUCCAACAACAGCGGAUCAAACCAUUUCUCAGCAGGAGGUUCCACCUAGUCUUAAUAAAGGCUAUCCUGAAUGGUGUUUGAAUGAAUCCAACUUGCCACUUGUAUAUCACCAGGUGUUAGAAGCCACCUGGAAUGGCAGUGAAAUUCAGACGGACAAGCUCUACCCAAUCCUGUUGUGCUCAAAGCUGGAAAAACAAUUGUUAGGCCAUAUCUGGUCCCUGGUCAACAACACCCAGCCUGGUCAAUUGGUCAAGCAAGAGAUGUACUUAGCUUUAGGACUGAUUGCUCUUGCUCAGAAUGGUGUAAGUCCUCUCUCAGUUGAGAUGUUGAGCAACUUCAGAGAUGCACCGACGCCACAGUUGACACCAACGCAGUCUGCACCUACUACACAGUUAACACAAACGCAGUCUGCGGUAAGCAAUGUUGGUACGCCAUUCCCAUCUAGUGCAGACUUGAGCAAGUCAGCAGGGGUAGAUGAUGAUGAGUUUGCACCUUUUCAAGAGGCUCCCAAAACUGCAGCUGAAAACCAGGCAGCUAUUCAUCCUAACCUGUCAUCAACUCAACCAAUGCAAUUUGCUUCAUUUGACAACUGUAACUUGGCACCAUCAACAUUUCCAUCAAGUACCGCCAUUGAGCCCCCUCCUAUAGUCACCUCAUUUUCAUCUAAUGAUGUAAUAAGUGGGGAUCUAGAGAUAGUGUCAUAUAUAGACGAAGAGAUGAAAUCUUAUAACCUCCAUGACCCCCCGUCUCGCAACUCGAGUUGUCACAGUUCCCCAGUGAUAUGGGGCCGUGAUACCACGCGUGACAAACUAUGGAAAUCUGUUGCUGAAGACUCCAGCUUAUCGUCAGAUGAAGAAGAGUUCACAGAAUUCCAGUCUGGUUCGGGAUCAUUCUCAUUGUCUCUUGAGGAUCGUAAAAAUGACUUUAAUGACUUCAAAGACUUUUCCUCAACCCAAGACACUAGCCAAGUAGUUGUAUCCAAUGAUAAGAAACUUCAACCUGCAAAGUCUUCAGGCAAAAAAGUCAGAUCUGUUAAUAAACCUAGUUUAAACAUCAACUUUGAAGCCUACAAAAAAUCCCAGGAUAAUAAAGUAGCCCAAACACUUCCAUCAUCUGCAUCAGCUCCAAAACUAACAAAGUUGGCAGAAAUGUCUGCUUCAUUCAGAAUUGGUCAAAAAGUUGAUGAUAAUGAUGAUUUUGCAGAUUUUCAAACUUUCUCUGCACCCAAGUCCAACUUAGAUACCGGUAGCCUUAAACACUCAUUCCAGUCUUCUAAGAAGUCGGAGAGCGUCAACGACUUUGGUAACUUCCAACAGGCUGGCAGUGUUGGGUUUGCUGAUUUUGAUAAAGUGAAGCAUUCAGCCUCAGACACAGACCUCAUGGCACUGUCGGGUGAGGUUGAUAAGUACUCUGCAUUAAGAGGCAUCUCCUUCAGCACAGAGCCUGAAGUGCUGGAGAAGAACAACCCAGAAGGAAGUUUAGCAAGUGACUUCGAUACCAUGUCACUCGGAAGCUCAACCGGUCUUCCACAUCCAUCUGGAAGCAGUGGGCCUCCAUUAGAUGAUUUUGGUGACUUUUCUCAAGCUUCUGUUAUUAAAGAAUCUAAUGACCAGAAGCAGGAUGAUGGAUUUGCAGAUUUUCAACAUUUUCCGGCCAGUAGUUCAUUAGCAACUGGAGAAGCCGAUGAUUUUGCCAACUUUCAAACUGCACCUACAAGCACUACUGGAAAACCUAGCGAGUUUCAAGGAUUCCAGAGUGAACAAUUGAAUAUUCCAGGAAAUUUGGAUGGUUUUGCAGAUUUUAAAAGUGCUUCCACUAGUAAUGCACAAGUAGGUAGUUUUGAAAAUUUCCAAACUUCCUCCACUGAUACAAAUGACCAAUUUGCUAGUUUCCAAUCCGUGCCAGUAGAUGAUCACUCUAAGAAGAAUGUAGAUAGAUAUCAAGCUUUCACAAGCUUGCAAGAUCAGGACAAUAAUGUGCUAUCAAUAUUCAAGAACACUGAAAAGGUCUCUGAAAACACUGAAAACAUGCACACUAAUAAAGGUGAACAUUUUACACAGAAAUCAAGUGGCAAUUCUGAGUCAUUGAAGUCUAGUGAUUCUGAUAAAGUCAAAAGCAAAGAUGGUGCUCCAGAAGAUGAUUAUGAUGAUGACUUUGGUGAUUUCAAAUUUAACGAACCACCACCUUUAGACGAUGAUAGUUUUGGUCCAUCCAGUCAUGAUGAUCAUUUUGGUGGUUUUGAAAGCAGUGUGGCAGAGUAUUAUGGAGUGGAAUUUGAUGACUUGUCAAGAUCAAACAACAAAAUUAAGAAUGAAAAGAGUUUUGGAACUUACCAAGUAUCAGAUGGAGGGAACAAGAAAAGUCUUGGAAAGUUAGAAUCUAUUGCUAGUCUGGACCUGAAGACCUUUGACCUGGAUUUGAAUCUUGGUGGAAAGGUACAUGAGGAAGAAGGUGAUGUGGCAGAUGAUUCAUUUGGUGAUUUCAGCAGUGCACCACCUGUUCCUGACAAUGUUCAUGCCUCUGACAUGACUGUACAACAUCCUGGUAUGGUGCCACCUGGUCCAAACCGAAUGAUACCUAGUACCCCUGCAUUUGGAGGAGACCGAUAUGCUAUGCUAGCUGGAGAUAUUCAGGAUGAUGCUCGGCAUGUAUUGUUGUGGAAGCGUUGUUUAACGAGCUGUCUUAAGGUAAUCCAGCACGCCAAUGACACCCUUAACAACAUCAGCAGUUCAUCGGUCUGUAAUGAAGUCAUGAAGUCAAGUGAUGGUUCUGAAUAUCUCAAAGGUGUCAUUGAAAUAUACCGUGUUGCUUGUCGUGUCUCAACUUCCAUUCAGGCAGCAGGUGUUGGAACAGAUGAAUUGAGUCAGAUGCAGAAGGAUAUUGAAUUGGUUUGGAACAACCUGUCAGCAUUCUUAGCUAGUGCUAGUAUUCUGCCUGAUGACAAGUCUUUUAUCUUCAAGAUGGCUGUAUUGCAUCCAGAGCCUAGCAACAUUAACAUGGCCUGCGGUGUUUGUUUACUUAAUGUUGAUGCUCGAAGCAAAGCAUUCGACCGUGCGGAAGACAAUAACAAAUUGACAUAUAGUGGCCGACAGUAUCAUGCAACUUGUGCCAAUCUCUGGGUGAAUUUGGUAGAUUCUAUUCUGCCAGCUCUACCUUUUAACCAGCUGCUUUAGACUGUUUCAUUCUUGCCACCAGGAGUGUAUUCAUUGUAUCUUUUUUUUGUGCACAUUGUGACAGUAAUAAUGUUAAAAGGCAAAAUUAUGUGGUCAAGUUAAAAGGGAAAGUAAUUUCACUUUGAUUAUACAAUUAAGUUAAUAAAUAAACAAUCACAUUUGAAGGUUGAACCAUAUUAAGCAAAAUCAGUUUAGUCUCACAUGUUAAUCCAAGAUAUAAAAACACAUAGUAUUUACAUUUUCAGCAAAAUUAAUAGGAUUAUUUUUUGAAUCAGACAUUUUCGAGAUAUUUGUUCAUGUUAUGCAUCUUGAAUUUCAUCUCAGUCUUAGUGGACAGCCUUACAAAUUUAUGCCCAAUAUCAUUAUGUAUAUUGUUUUAAGUAUUUUUGAUAUAUUCUGCAAUAAAUAUUAUUUAAUAUAUA